GGGCAUCAAUGCGCCGCACGUGUGUAUUGUGUCACAAACACGAGCAAAGAAGAAGAACUCCGAACCGGAAGUGUAUUCCGAUAGUAUUACGACCCGGAUGUUAAUUCCGGUGAGUCUUCAUUUGAAUGCUUAUUUUAUUGGCUAAAAGACCACAAUAAAGGGUGACGUUGCUCUCAGACAAUGACGUCAUGGCUCACAUCACCAUCAACCAGUAUCUGCAGCAGGUUUCCGAAGCCAUCGACAACCAGAAGGGGUCACUUUGUGCUGAGCUGUUGUCUUUUAAACACCCACAUGUGGCCAACCCACGGCUCCAGCUGGCCAACCCAGAGGACAAAUGUCAGCAGGUUCUUGAGCCGCCGUACGACGAGAUGGUGGCUGCUCAUCUCAGGUGUACAUAUGCAGUCGCCAAUCACGACUUUGUAGAAGCCUACAAGUUCCAGACCAUUGUUGUCCAAUAUCCUUUAUGGGCGCUGCCUGUCAUGUUCACAGUCACUCUGGAUCUCAGGAUAUUUGCCAAUAAUGCAGAGCAACAGUUGCAACAAAAGGGCAAAGGUCAACCGAGUGAGAUGCUGGAAAAAGCAGCUGAGCAACUAAUGAGCUGCUUUCGAAUAUGUGCCAGUGACAAUCGAGCUGGGAUCGAGGACUCGAAGAAGUGGGGCAUGAUGUUUCUAAGCAACCAGCUCUUCAAGAUCUACUUUAAGAUCAAUAAGCUGCAUUUGUGCAAGCCGCUCAUCAGGGCCAUUGAUAGCUCCAACUUGAAGAACGACUACAGUCCAGCUCAGAAGGUCACUUACAAAUACUACGUGGGCCGCAAGGCCAUGUUUGACAGUGACUUCAAACCAGCCGAGGAGUUUCUGUCUUAUUCCUUCCGACACUGCCAUCGUGCCAGUCAGAAGAACAAGAGAAUGAUUCUCAUCUACCUGCUGCCAGUCAAGAUGCUGCUGGGCCACAUGCCGACACUUCAGCUCCUGGAGAAGUAUGACCUCCUGCAGUUUGCCCAAGUCACCAAGGCUGUCAGUGACGGGAACUUGCUCCUGCUGAAUGAAGCUCUGUCCAAACACGAGACCUUCUUCAUCCGCUGUGGCAUCUUCCUCAUCCUGGAGAAGCUCAAGAUCAUCACCUACAGGAAUCUCUUCAAGAAAGUGUACCUACUGCUGAGGACCCACCAGCUGCCUCUGGACACCUUCCUGGUGGCCCUGAAGAUGAUGAAGGUGGAGGAUGUCGAUGUUGAUGAGGUGCAGUGUAUCCUGGCUAACCUCAUCUACAUGGGUCACAUCAAAGGUUACAUCUCACACCAACACCAGAAGCUUGUGGUCAGCAAACAGAAUCCCUUCCCUCCGCUGUCUACAAUCUCCUAGGCUUCAGUGACAGUCUCAGCUAAAAAUCAUUUUUGUAUAACAAACUGUAAGAUGUAAAAUGAAAGCCACUGCUUUGGAAUGCUC